CACACGGCCAAGGCUUGUAAACAGCAAUGAAAGCGGCCACCGGGGAUAAGUUCACUUUGGUUGACGAAAACGAGCAACCGUCCUCGUUGUCAACUCCCAAAAAGCAAUAUCCAAGAGACAAGGCGAGCAACAACAAUCACCAUGUGGUUCCCCUAGGCAUCCUGGUCGUUCUCUGCACUGUGUAUCUCAUGGCAGCCGGAGUGCAGCGCAACUACAGGUACUACAUCAGGCCGGGCGUGGCUGCCUUCGACCUUCCGGCCUCCCAUACUCCCCAAACCGAUGAAACUACAGAUGAUGAGUUGGAAGCCUCCGCCGCAUCAUCCUGCCAGCAAAUGGACAUAUUUGAUAGGGAAUCCGAGCAGAAACCCGCCUUGGUAAACUUAAUUUCCAAAAGACCCCAAGGCAAGGCCAACAAGCGAACCAAGAGUAGACCUGGCAACGGGUUGGUGGUCAGUAAGCAGCCCCGAUUAGCCAAGUCGCCGGACAGAAAGAAGGAGGUUGCGGCCAAGAAGAGCAACACGGCAGAGCCGAUCAUCUAUCUGUUUGCCCUGGUCUUUAUCUAUCUGCUCCUUAAGGCCGCCUCCGAUAUCAAUCAGCACUACAAAUCGCAGAACAAAGGGGACAAACGACUACGCCGCUGCUCGCUGCAAUCCUAUGCCCAAGUCCACAAGCAAGAUCGCCGGUCAUCCAAAGGUAUUUCACCAAAAACUUUGCCAAAAUUUUAAGUCGCUGACUUGACACAAUGUGUUACCGAGGGAUCAAGUUAUGAAUUGUUAUCCUAGAAAUAUCUAAAUGUAUCUAUUUACUGUAUACUGAUGAUGAUGAUGAUGAUGAUGAUGGGUUAUAGCCAAACUUUCUGUAAAGCACACACACUGUCCACUCUCGAACAAGAGCUAGUGUUUCUGAAGACUUGUACUAUGUAUUAUGUACCUUUUAAUCUCUAUAUAUACUAUGUAUCUAUCCUACUACCGCACUUUUUUCGGGUUUACUAUUAUACUUACUAUAUGUGUGUCUUUUUUUUAAUGGCCCACACUGUUUACCUCCCCCCGCCCCUUCACCUCUCCGUGAAACUGUACUGAAUGUCAGGUUGUAUAUACUCGAUAUUGACUAUUAAUCUGUCCUGUAUGUGUGUAAUGUAAGCGUAAAAUAAAUCAAUUACUAUGUGCUUUCCUGUGAUCAAAACUU